CCCGCAAUCAGAAAAUCGACAAUUCCUGAAUCGGUCGGUUGACUGUAGUCUUCGACCGGCUUCGAGAGCAAUUCAUUGUCGGAUUUGCAGUACGAAAGGUGGUAAAAUUUGUCUUAUUAAUCAGAAUGAUUAAGAAAGUCGUUAUUUUUGGGGCCACGGGUAUGACUGGUCUGUGCGCCCUGAACGCUGCAGUUGAAAAAGGAUUGCAAGUGACGGCUUUUGUGAGGGACGAAGCUAAAGUCCCGCUCAACAUUAAGGAAAAGGUGAAUGUUGUCGUUGGCGACGUUACAAAUCAAGAACAAGUUUCUGAGGCUGUAUCUGGUCAGGAGGGCGUCGUUGUUGUUCUGGGAACAAGAAACGAACUAGCACCGACCACAGUACUUUCCGAUGGUAUGAAAAACAUAGUCGAUGCUAUGAAAAAGCACAACGUCGAAGUGGUCUCUGUGUGUUUAUCAGCUUUCUUGUUUUACCCACCUGAGAAGGUGCCGGCGAUUUUUAAAUCUUUGAAUGCCGAUCACGAACGCCAGUUUGAAGUAACUAAAAUGAGCGGGCUGAAAUGGAUUGCGGUGUUACCACCCCAUAUCGCAGAUGCUCCAAGCACGAAAUAUCAUAUCAAGUAUGACGAAUCUGGCGGCCGUGCUAUAUCUAAGUAUGAUUUAGGCGCAUUUUUAAUAGAAAGUCUCAACCAGCCAGAGCACUACCACAAGGUAUGUGGCAUUGCAAAUGUUUGAUAAUUAAUUUAAUUAUUUUUAUCUUCGUGUUGUUUCCUCGAGUUUUUAUACAAAUUGUCAAUAAUGAAAUGUUCAAUUCAACAAUAUUUUGGUCUGAUGGAUAUUUAAAUAUCCAUUUUCUACAGUAUUUACGUCAUGCAUUUAUGAA